UGCUUUUCGACAAUAUGCCGUUAGUUGUUUUAAUUCGAAAUCCUUCGCUGAUAUUUUUAAACAUAAUUAAUUUCACAAUUAAUUAUUUCAAUUUAAUAUAUUCGUUUAAAACACAAUAUUUACCAUAAAAUGGAUUUGGAUUUGGCCACUUGCCUAUUCACUGGGUUAACAACUGAAUGUUUGCAGGACAAACAUGCUAAUUGGGAAGAGUGUCGCUUCACAACAACGAAUAAGCAAAGACUUUUUGCAAAGGAAGUAAUAACAUUUGUGCGUUGUAAGGAAUUGCGCGUACUUCCUAAUCCUUUCGAUAUAUCGGAUGAGUACUUUAAAAAUGCUUUUCGUCUGGACAAGUGGCUGUUCCAGGAUUUCUUACUCGUGCUUUGUCUCCGCACCUACUAUCGUCCAGAAUUAGAUAAUAAUGUAAUGCCUUUCGAUUUACGUGUACUCACCAUGCUUUCGUAUUUGGCGCAUGGCCAUUUGGAAAUUUUAAAACCUUUAGAUGCAUUUCAAGGCUAUAGAUCAAGUAUGUUACAGCGUUGUGUUGCCGAGGUAUGCCAGACAAUCGUACAUUUCCUUGCACCGGAUUAUGUUGUUUUCCCUUCAAAUAACGAUGAAACUUUGGGGAUAAAACAUGAUUUUAAUACUCAAUACGGUAUACCGCAUGUAGUUGGUGUAAUGGACUGCUUUCAUGUACGUCUUUCUAAAGUAGCUGCAGCACGUGAGCAACAAUUUCAAUGUAGACAUGGCAAUUUAGCAAUUAAUGUACAAGUGGUUUGUGAUAACAAAUAUCGUUUUUUAAAUGUGAACCCUCGAGCGCCUGGUAGCGCUAGUGACAUAUACGUUUGGAAACAUAGUCCCAUAUAUGGUAUUAUGAAAAAUCUUUUUGUAACAGAACCUGCAUGGCUAAUUGCUGAUCGCGGCUACAAAUUGGAAGAUAUACUAAUUAAUCCACACAGAAAUCCCACAACUCAUGCUGAUUUUCGUUUCAAUUCACUAAUAUCAGCAAUGCUAGACGUACUAGAUACAGCAGUUAUAAUGCUUACAUCACGAUUUCGUUGCCUCAAAACGAUUUUACCAUAUAACCAUCAGACUGCUGCGAAUAUUGUCACUGCCUGUGUGACUUUGCAUAACUAUUUGCUUUCCAAAAAUUCUGUCAUAGAUGAGCAUCUCAUGUCGGUGGUGCCUAAGCGUAAAUCACUGCCAAAUGCAAAAUGUGAGGAUAUAUGGAGCACUGGUUACCAUAAUCGUGAAUAUAUCAAAAAAUAUCUUAAUGCACGAAAUUUAUGAUUUCAAAACUAGUGGAAGUUUGCAUUUAACUAUUAUUUUAAGCAGCAAAGAUAAUAUUUAUGCAUUUGAUAUAUUAUUUUUUUGUUUUAAAUUACGGAACUAUAUUUAUUUCGUGAUUAUUGCGUACUAAAACUUUUUUAUUAAUGUGCAUUGUCUUAUGUUCUCUAUUUAUAUUUUUGCGUAUGAAAAUCAUAUUUGUGCUACAUAACAAUCAUUUAUAUUCUAGCAUGUAACAGCAUUUAAUUUUAUUUUACGUUAAAGAACGUAUCGUUGUGCAUUUUGAAGUAACUGUAUUUGUUUUGGUUUGUCAGACAUGUUGAAACAUGAAAAAUAUAUUUUUAUUAAACAAUAAUAUAUUUAAAUGGCAUUAUUUUUUUGAUUUCGAUUCGGUGGUUAGAAUCAGUUUGUUACAGAACAAAACAACGGGUAAUUCAAAUAUAUUUUAGAAGCAGAAAUUUUAAAUUCAAAUCAAUUCCAUUCCACCUGAUUUCAAAUCCACAUGUCUCCAAAAUCUACAACCACAUCUCAUAUGGUAUAUGUGGAGAGUUAAAUAUUUCAACAACUUGACGCCUGGCAACUCUACAAGAAACCAAUUCGAUUCCCUUUGUCAAAUUUGACACUAGUCAAAAGAGAGAAGAACUUAAUGGUGUUAGCUGGAAAAAUUUGCACGUCUCGUGAAAAAAAUUUUAAAUUGCCGAAAAAUAGUGGAAAUUUUGUGAAAUAAAAACAAAUUUUAUGUGCCUUUGCAAGUUAAAGUGGUUAAUUUGUGUUUGCAUAAGAA